ACGUCGUCCAUCUUUAUUAACAGUCUCUAGCCGUGUCCCAAUUCAGGGAUCUAUGCUGCCUUCGCCAAAAUGAGACAGCAACAUUGCUGCAGUUGGCCUCAGGCUUCGUAUGCUUCCUAAACCCAGAGUCUACGUCCAGUUUUAUAUGUGUCUCUGCUUGUUGGACACUCGACUCCUGAUCUGUGUCCGUCUCCGACACAAGUCUCAUCGACGUCAUUCAGACCCUGCACACUUCUACACUAAAGGUAACAUCUACACUUCUGCAUUGACCUGUGAUUUGACCAAGGUCCCUGAUGCAACGCCUCAGGGAACCCAGGCUGAGGGAACCCAGGCUGAGGGAACCCGAGCUGAGGGAACCCGAGCUGAGGGAACCCGAGCUGAGGGAACCCGAGCUGAGGGAACCCAGGCUGAGGGAACCCAGGCUGAGGGAACCCGAGCUGAGGGAACCCAGGCUGAGGGAACCCAGGCUGAGGGAACCCAGGCUGAGGGAACCCAGGCUGAGGGAACCCAGGCUGAGGGAACCCAGGCUGAGGGAACCCAGGCUGAGGGAACCCGAGCUGAGGGAACCCAGGCUGAGGGAACCCGAGCUGAGGGAACCCAGGCUGAGGGAACCCAUCGGGACCCAGACGAAUGAGGACACGUCUCCCACCGACCUUGGUGCGUUACCUUUACAGGAGCUCAGCACCGUUCUGACGUGUCUUCACUCCCUCGGUGGCAGUAUCCAACAAGAACAUGAACGCAUCACGACCCAGACGAAUGAGGACACGUCUCCCACCGACCUUGAUGUGGUUAUGCAGCACCCAGAAACGCAGAAUUCUCCUCGAUUCCAUGAUGUGCUGAUGCUGUGCUGCGACCUGUGCCCCAAUGUGGAAAUCAAGAACACACUGAAAUGUGCAGCGAAGGGAGGAUCGGCAGUUGGAACAAUGGCCACUGUUGGAGGGUUACUCCUGGGUCCUCCCGGUCUCCUUGUGGGUGGUGUCGUCGGAAGCUUCGCUGCCUACUGGUGGACCAAGGGAGACUUCAAACCUGUGCAUCAGAUCAUAAUGGAGCUCAGUCCUUCAGAGAGGCAGCAGCUUUACGAUGAUGUCAUUGGUGCCCUGGAAAACCUUGAGUGGGAAGAUUGUGAUCAGCUAUAUGCUCUGGUGAGGAGCAAUCCCGUCCUGAUGAAGGCUGUGCAAGUCGCAAUAUCAGGAAUCUCUCAGCUGAGGUGAAUCUGGUGAUCUGUUACUAAUGAAGCUGGAGAGACCUCAUUAAAAAUGUGAAGUCACAGUC